UUUCUACCAUCCAUCAACUCACGAAAGAAGGAAAAGAACGAACUGGACCCACCUAUUAUCAAGCCAGUAGCUAGCUAGAUUGGUGAAGAUUGUUGAAAGCGAACAGGCUGGUUGAUAGAUGCAGCGAUAGAGCCAGCUAACUACCGUAGCAGUGAGCCAUUAAGCUACAAGCGCAUUGAGCUGCUAUCGAAUCGAAUCAGAAGCAACGGCUCACCUCAGCCCUUUGCUAGCUUCAGUCCGCCCAUAAACACGAAACGAUACAAGCAAGCAAACAAGCAAACAAGAAACCAUGAUGGAACUGUGUCCCAGCGGUCCCCUGUACUUGGAAUUGGGCAAUGGUAUCCAGUCUGUGCUCGAACGCUUAUCUCAAAAGUCCACUUCUCGUGCUACCUCGUCGAUUGACAGCGUCGUCUUGCGAGGACGGUACUGUCGCUUUAUUGACACUCAUGUGUCACCGGAUGAAAUCAGAGAUGUUCUGCGCAUGGCCAGUUGUUUGCCCAAUCUGCGGCGUCUCUGUCUACUGCGCUUACGAGUCCCGGUGACGGCGAUUACGCCCUGUUUGCCACAGAUUCUAUCACUGGAAUCAUUAGAGCUCCGAUCCAUUUGUCUAUCCGGGAGUCCCACGGAAUUGCAGGCACUGGCAACGGCAUUGGUAGCACAUCCGACCUUGACUAAAAUAUCUCUGGCGGAUUGUAGACCACCUGGAAGUUGCGAUCGACUAGAUGCCCUGGUCAAGGCAUUGGGAGACAUGCCGGCAUUGCGAGAGGUGGAACUCGAUAUGAUGGAACUCUCUCGGUGGCUACUCAAGAAUGAAUCUGUGGAUUCCUUUCGACAUUUUCUAGAACAUGCUCGCAGUCUGACAAGACUUUCACUGAGCUACAUGAGAUUGCCACAUGAAUACGUUCAGACACUGGCACAAGCAUUGGUCAAUGAUACUUGUUCCAUUCGACAAUUGUUUUUGGAUCGAUGCGAUUCUCUCAGUCGAGAAUCAGCAUGGGCCAUGGCACAAAUGCUACGAUACAACACGUCUUUGCAGCAACUCCAUUUGGUUGUCAAGGAUUACGAAGAUGCCAUUCCCAUGGCACAAGCCUUGCAGGAAAAUAAUACCCAAAGUCAACUGACCAAGUUGUUGCUACGGACAUAUCAGCAUCCGCGUAUUGUGCGCCCCGCCGUUUAUCAAGCCUUUUCCAGCAUGUUACAGCACAAUUGUCGGAUACAGACGUUGGAAAUGUACCAAGGACAUCCCAUGAGGCCCUGGCGGGAUUUGCAAGAUCCACAGCUGUUACUUUAUCUCAAACUUAAUCGGGCCGGACGAGCCCAAGUCAUGGCCAAUGACAAGAAGGAACAACAGCCCAACAAUGAAGAAUGGGCCAAAAUCAUUAUUGCCGCUCGAGACGAUGUCGAUUGUUCCUUUUACUUUUUGUCGCAAAAUCCGUCCGUCUGCCAAGCGACAAACUAGCUUCUAGCUAGAUUAGCUUGGGGGAACGAGACGGAGCAAUGCAUCUGACACAAUAUCCACGUGGACCGCUCUGGUCAUUACAAUACGCAAAAUCACGCGACAAAGAGCCAAACAAAGGUUCAGCGGAGCAAUCACCGCGCUGAACAUGCUGCGACUUUCUUCCCACUUCCUGCUUUUGCUGCGUGCUCCUUCAAACCUGCAUCAGCGCGGGGCUGUUCCUCUGGGGACACGCAUCCCCAGCUUAUUAGCACCGCCUCGUUGACUUUUUCCGUGAUCUCAUAUAUUAUCAACGCUGACAAACAGUGGUUAACUUCCGGCAUGGCACAAACAGAGAAAAUUUGGUGCCUCCUGCCCGAGAACACCCAUGCCAGCCACGACCCUCGCGACCAAGAACGAAUACAAUGAGAAAAACUUCCAAGUUCUGGUCUAAAUGAUGGCAUAUGUUUCUUCUUUAUCAAGCCAACCGAAAGCGCUAAUAUUCAAACAAGGAAAUUUCAGUUUCCUCAUUCAAUCAUUUUCUCUAUUAUUGAAGGCUACAUGCAUGCAACAAUCUUCGAGAAUUUAGCGAUCAAGACAAGGAAUCUGCGCUUCUGCGCUGAGCAAGGCAAGUGGUUCCGUCCUUGGAGAUUAAGUGAUACGGCGCACAUACGGUACGGGUGGAAGAUGCAUGGCUGACCCAGUCACCGUUUCCGGCGCUCAGCCUGUCCAGUGCAUCACGUCCUGAAUUGAUCAGCUGUCAUUAGCAUUUUUAUUUUUCUAGACAAGAAAGGGAAGGAGCUAAUAAUAGAGAAUGCUGAUUCUAGUUUUG